GGAAGCAUAUGAUAAACGGGAGUUUCAAAUCUGUUAUCCUAUAACUCAUAAUUGGCUAGCCGUUGCUUCUCAUCUUCUGACUUUCUGCUUGGAAGAUCUUCGAAACGGUUAUUUGGGACCAAAUCUUGAUGUAUAUCAUUCACUGGUGUGUUUCUCUACAAUUUACCGAAGUUUGAUCAUAAAUCUUUCUCCUUUUUCUCAUUGUUCUGUAGUUUUUUAUAACAAUUACAAAGACUAGUAAGUGGGAAUGCUGAAAGAUGUGCUUGAAGGUUGAAAAUUAUUUUGUUGAGGUUAAUCAAGUGUUAGCUCUAUUUGAUAUUGAGCAGCACUUGUUCUUCCUUGAUGAGAUUCAACUUCAACAUUUUACUUGCACCCCAUUUCAGUUCUCGGCUGAGAAGCCCAGUAUAGGGAGAAUUUUGAGAAAACGGGUAAUGUUAAAGCAUGAUGUGUGUGAAGAUGGUUAAGGUUUUUAUGCUAUUGGGUCAAUUGAUGUCUUAGAGUUUGCUUAGAUAUUUUGUAACGUUUGGGUAAAGUAGAGUUAAUUGUCAAUAGAGAUUACAACUGGGAAUGGAAAAUAAAGGAAGCAUAGUGAUGCAACGGUAUGAAUUAGGAAAAUUACUAGGCCAAGGAACCUUUGCCAAGGUUCACCAUGCGAGAAAUCUUAAAACUGGCAUGAGUGUGGCCAUUAAGAUAAUUGACAAAGAGAAAGUCUUGAAAGUUGGAUUGAUCAAUCAGAUUAAGCGAGAAAUAUCUGUGAUGAGAUUGGUUAAGCACCCAAAUGUGGUGGAGCUUUAUGAGGUCAUGGCGAGCAAAACCAAGAUUUACUUUGUAAUGGAAUAUGUUAAAGGUGGUGAGCUUUUCAACAAGGUAGCCAAAGGAAAACUCAAGGAGGAUGUUACAAGGAAAUAUUUUCAACAGCUGAUUAGUGCUGUUGAUUACUGUCACAGUAGAGGUGUCUGUCAUCGAGAUCUAAAGCCUGAAAACCUGUUGUUGGAUGAGCAGGGUAAUCUUAAGAUCUCUGAUUUUGGAUUGAGUGCCCUUGCCGAAACUAAGCGUCAAGAUGGGUUACUCCACACAACCUGCGGGACCCCUGCUUAUGUUGCUCCGGAAGUGAUUAACAGAAAAGGUUAUGAUGGCUCUAAAGCUGAUGUAUGGUCAUGUGGAGUUGUCUUGUAUGUUCUACUAGCUGGCUAUCUCCCGUUUCAUGAUUCAAAUCUGAUGGAGUUGUAUAGGAAGAUUGGUAAGGCAGAGUUUAAAUUCCCUACCUGGUUUUCCCAGGAAGUACGCUUGCUGUUGUCAAAAAUCUUGGAUCCAAACCCAAGUACAAGGAUAUCCAUGGCCAAAAUUAUGGAAAAUUCUUGGUUUUGCAAGGGGUUGGAGAUACCUGUUGUUUAUGAAACAGAAGGGAAAGAAUUGACCCCUCUUGACACUGAUGCAGCUUUUACUCUGAAUGAAAACAGCAGUACUACAGCAGAGUUGAAGGCUGAAUUAGCAAAACCUUGCAACUUGAACGCUUUCGAUAUCAUUUCCUUUUCUGCAGGCUUUAACUUGUCUAGUUUAUUCGAGAAGAGAGAGCAAAGAAAGGAAAUGAGAUUCCCCUCCAACAAGUCAGCCUCAACCAUCAUCUCUAAGUUGGAAGUCAUUGCUAAACGUCUUCGGCUGAGAGUAAGAAAGAUAAAUGGAGGUUUGCUGAAAAUGGAAGGGUCCAAGGAAGGCAGGAAAGGAGUGUUAGGAAUCGAUGCAGAAAUCUUUGAAAUCACUCCCCAUUUCCAUUUGAUGGAGAUUAAAAAGAGCAGUGGAGAUACACUUGAGUUUCAGAAAAUGAUGCAACAAGAGAUAAGACCAGCUCUCAAAGACAUUAUUUGGACUUGGCAAGGAGAGCAGCAUCAGCAGCAACAGAAACAACAAGAAGAACAACAAGCACGACAGCCAGAGCAGCAAGAGGUACAGCCUUCUCAAGCCCUCCCACUGCAGCAGGUAAACCCAGCUCUGGAUUCAUGACAAUUAUAUUUAAAUGCUAUGUCUUGUAUGGGUGCUCUGAGACAUGUAAUUGGAUUGCCAUUUUGCAAGCAUCUUGUUAUGUAAAAGUAUGAUAAUUCUCAACUCUCUUUUAUUAUUGUUCCA